AUGGGUUUCGUUCUCAUCUUCGACAUCACUAAUGAGCAAUCAUUCCUGAAUAUUCGAGACUGGCUGUCACAGCUCAAGGUCCACGCGUACUGUGAAGCGCCGGAUAUCAUCAUAUGUGGCAAUAAAGCCGAUCUCGAGAAUCGACGUCAAGUCAGCACGGCCCGUGCUAAACAGUUGGCCGAUCAACUCGGCCUACCGUAUUUCGAGACGUCAGCAUGCACAUCGACGAACGUUGAACGAGCUGUUGAUUGUCUUCUUGAUCUCGUCAUGCAACGAAUACAACAAAGUGUCGAGACAUCCGGAUUGCCCCUCUCAGAAUGCCGAGGAGUGAGUUUGGAUGCGGACACGCCGUCUACGUCUUCCUACUGUGGCAAUUGCUGA